AGGAGCAGAGAGAGGAGUGACUACUGAUGCUCCUAGUCUGCACUGUAUGUGUGAGUCAGUGCUAUGGAGAGCAGAGCAGCCAGAGACACAGAAACGGCCACAAGGGCAUGACACACGUUUCACUCCCACGAGCAUUUGCAGGCCAGAAGAGCAGCAUGGGAAGGCUGAAAAGCUGAGCAGGAAGUAACACAGGCAGAAAGAAGACAGAUCAAAAGCCUAUUCUUUGUAGACAGCAUUUCUUCUUGGUGCUGUCGUAAAUGGACCGAGGCCCUGACUAAACAUUUUAUUUGAACGCUACUUAAUAAACCAAUAGCAGAGUUGUUUAAGAUCGGCUUCUGGCUCUGGGGUGACGUGCGGCAGUGAUGUCUUGGUUGUCUCCAGUCCAGUGGGCCAAAUGGACGUGGAUAACAGUGACUGGAAGUCCAGGAGAGGAAGGGAAGAAUGAUGGGGAGGACAAUUCUGACUCAGAGAGGACCUUUGACACUCCAGAGACUCAGUCUCCAGCUGUUGUCAAUUUAUUGAACCAACAGGAAAACUCCAACCAAACAGACUCCAGCCCUGACUCCAGUGUAGUCUCUAGUUGUGAUAUUUCUGGGGAUUCUGAUUUGCUCAACGGGACUACAAACCCCCAGCUGUCAAAUGAGAAACUGACCCCAGAGACCGACGGCGGAAUCAUCACAAACUCCUGUAAUGUCAAUCAGAAUGGGCUUAAACAAAACAAAGAUGAUCAACCAGGCGGCCUUGCCACAGAUGAGGAGAAACUGGCCAGCAAUGCAGGCCCAGAAUGUCAUGUGAUGUCUAAACCUGAGGAGUCAGACUGCUGCUCUGUGUAUUUUGACACGUGCAAAAUGAUCAACAAGGCUCAGGGAUGUGAGACGCAGAAAACAGGAAGUCAGGUCCAGGUCUCCCUCUGCAUCAGUGAAGCUGAGAAGCAGGUUCAGUCUCUCAAAGAUGAGAUUGUCACCAAAGAGUUGGAGGUCAGCAAGUGGAAGAAUAAGUAUGAGGAGUCUAGACAAGAAGUCAGUGAGAUGAGAAUGGUAGUUGCAGAAUUUGAGAACGCAAUGACUCAGAUGAUCGAUAUUGAUCAGCAAAGACGUAUGGAUUCUCAGAAGGCUUUGCAAGCACUUAAGGAGGAGAAGGAAACUGCUCUGAAAGAUCUGAACUCAGUGGAGUGUUCUCUGUCUGAGUUGUUCCAACGUUAUGAGAGCAUGAGGAGAUCCAUAGAUGGUUUCUUGAAAAAUGAAGCGCUUUUAAAGAAGUGUGCUGAGGACUGUGUGGCCUGGGUGAAAAAGGAGCAGGAGAGAUACCACACUUUGAAACACUACGCUGAGGGGAAAAUAGAAAUGGCCAAUAAGGAGAUCGCUCAGGUCCGUGCAAAGUUCUCUUCAGAGAAGAUGGUGCUGACUACCAACCUGAGGCAGGAGCAGUUAAAGAUCAAUGUUCUGGAACAAUCUAUGCAGCAGAAGAAUAAAGUUGUGGAGGAGCUGACAAACAUCUGUAAUGAGCUCAUCGCCAAGUUGGAAAACUCGUAGACUGUGCGUACAAACGACUGCAGUCACUUUGUGUAUACUUUGAUUGAACUACGUGAGACUAGACUAAACUGUAAAUGUUGUAAAUGUUGCACAUUGCUGGUAUUUGUAAAUGUUCUCUCGUCACGUCAUCGUUUGGUCAUUGUUAGGUUUUCUGAAUCUCUUGUGCUUCUGCUCACUAUGCUGGCUAGCAACACUGCACUCAUGACUGACCUUAAAUUCCAAGCUGCUUAAUGACUAAAUUCCUCGCUAGUUCUCUUGCAGGAUGACAUCAGUCUUAAUGCAGGCUGGGGUUAAGUCACUUUGUAUUGAUGUUUUGAGUGGCCUUUAUGCCAGAAUGUUUUUAAUGUACAGUUUAUUAAAUGUAUUUUUCUGUGAUGUGGAGAAAAGAUGUCAUUAUAUGGAAGAUGCUCAGGGCACUUUGUAGAAAAGACUGAAGCUGUGCUCACAGGCUAGAGCUCAACAAAGUUCUAGUUCAUUUGAGUAUGACCUCAAGCAGUUGAACAAUUGUUUUGCCUCUUUUCGAGUUAAUGUUGCAUCUGUGACUCUUACACAAUGUCCUCCACUAACUAUCUGUAUACUGUGUAUAUAUAUAAAUAAAU